AUGCCACCACAACUUAAACCAAUCACCUCUAGUGUCCUCUAUGUUGGUCUGAUUCCAUUUGAUUGGGACGAAGAGACCGUCAAGUCAGUUGUUUGUGGAUCGGGAAACAUCGUAGAUGUGCGAUUAGGAUACGACUUUGAAGGUAAAAACAAAGGCUUUUGCUUUGUUGAGUAUCAAAACACCCAAGAGGCACAGAAAGCAGCCCCUUUGUUGAGCUCAAUAUUGAUUCAUCAAGCUCAAGGCUUCCCGAAAAGACUCAAAAUCGAAGGAUCUAAAGAGGCAUAUAAGGGCAACAGCGCACCUCCAGAAGCACGAAGAGUUCUUCCACUAAAUAGAAACAAGUUACCAAACUAUGUCCAAUUACCUCCUGCAAUGGUAGGUAGUUCUAGUCCCGCACUCGGGUCUACCUCUGUCCCAUUCCUCGGGAGAACCAACUCACCUUUACCACUGACACCAAUCCCAACCAAUAGCAUGACAGUUCCUACUGCACAAAGCUUCAACCCAAGUUUGCCUCAAGGUGGGCCAACUGAAACCGUGCCAAUGAAGUUCACACAAGCAACAAAGACUUAUCCUUGCCCGCCUACCUUACCAUUCGCCACGCCUGAUAAUAUAAAUGCCACACUCAGCAAGAUCCAACCAGUGCAAUUGAUUCAAUUUCUUGCUAAUUUAAAGAAUGCAUUGCAAACUGAUCCAUCGAGAGCACAAGACCUUUAUCAAAUGAAUCCCGAGUUUGCAGUGUGUGCCGCACAAGUGUUAUUAUUGAUGGGGUUUGUCGAUAAUGAUGUUCUUACUUCGAAAUCAGUGUCAUCAACACCGCAGCCAAGUUCGCAACAAUUAUACCCGCAACCACAAUAUCAACAAGGUAGUCCUUCUACGUACUCGUCCCAUCAGCAAAUGGGACCAGGGACUGGGUGGUCCAAAUUGCCUAUAGAGACCCAGAAUGCUUUGCGAAAUAUGGAUGCUCAGCUGGUUGAAAAAGCAUUAGAAUUUGUCAAUAUGACUGAAGAGUAUUUCAAGAGGUUGUCGUAUCAUGAAAAGACUAGGAUUAAUCAGAUCAGGCAACAAUUAGGUGUUAUUACGUAUCCAGUAUGA